AUUCGGCCUGUUAUGAUUCCAGCUCAUGUAUUUUGAGCACUUUCAAAUUUUCCAUUGAAACAUGAAUGAACGCCAUGUUGAUUGUCAAAGGUGUUAUUAGAAUCGUCUUGAGACAGUGAAAUUGAAAUUGUGUUAAAAUUUCAGACUCUGCGAUAUUGGACGAUCGCUUGCUUGGAUAUUCGGUAUAAUUAAGCUUAAAGUAAAAAGCAAACAUGGCUCAAGUAUUACCAAUACGCUUUCAGGAGCAUUUACAGCUCACAAAUAUUGGGAUCAACCCAGCCUCAAUAUCUUUUAAUACACUUACAAUGGAGUCGGACAAAUUUAUCUGUGUUCGUGAGAAAGUUGGUGAAACUUCAGAAGUGGUGAUUAUUGAUUUGGGUGACCCUACAAAUCCAAUUAGAAGACCAAUAUCUGCGGAUUCUGCAAUCAUGAACCCAGCCAGCAAAGUUAUUGCUCUUAAAGGAAAAGCUGGAGUGGAAGCCGCGCAAAAGACCCUACAAAUAUUCAACAUCGAGAUGAAGUCAAAGAUGAAGGCCCACACUAUGACAGAAGACGUCGUUUUCUGGAAGUGGAUAUCACCAAAUACUCUGGCACUCGUGACCAAAAUGUCGGUGUACCAUUGGUCGAUGGAAGGUGAUUCACAACCUGUGAAGAUGUUCGACCGUCACUCAUCUCUUUCUGAGUGUCAGAUUAUCAACUAUAGAACUGAUCCGAAGCAACAGUGGUUGUUGUUAGUGGGUAUAUCAGCGCAACAGAACCGCGUGGUAGGUGCGAUGCAGCUGUAUUCCGUGGAACGUAAGUGCUCGCAGCCCAUAGAAGGUCACGCCGCAUCGUUCGCCACCUUCAAGUCUGAGGGCAACACUGAACCUUCUACUCUGUUCUGUUUUGCUGUACGGACAGCGCAGGGUGGCAAGCUACAUAUCAUCGAGGUGGGUCAGCCGCCAGCAGGUAAUACAGCAUUCCACAAAAAAGCAGUUGACGUCUUCUUCCCUGCUGAAGCACAGAACGACUUCCCAGUGGCAAUGCAGGUGUCUCCGAAAUAUGAUGUUAUCUACCUCAUUACUAAAUAUGGUUACAUCCAUAUGUAUGACAUUGAAUCUGGGACCUGUAUCUACAUGAACCGCAUCUCGUCUGAUACGAUCUUUGUGACUGCGCCUCACGAGUCUACUGGAGGGAUUAUUGGUGUAAACCGCAAAGGUCAGGUUCUAUCUGUCACUGUAGAAGAGGAUUCCAUAGUCCCAUACAUCAAUACUGUCCUACAAAACCCUGAUUUGGCCCUUCGUCUAGCUGUAAGAAACAAUUUGGCCGGUGCUGAAGAUCUUUUUGUGAGGAAAUUCAAUAUGCUCUUCACUAAUGGACAAUAUGGAGAAGCCGCAAAGGUGGCAGCUAUGGCACCCCGUGGUAUCCUACGUACUCCACAAACGAUUCAACGCUUCCAACAAGUACCUACUCAGCCAGGUCAAACCUCUCCGCUGCUGCAGUACUUUGGUAUAUUGCUGGAUCAGGCUCAGUUAAACAAGUUUGAAUCGCUUGAGCUGUGCCGUCCUGUACUAUUGCAAGGUCGUAAACAGCUCCUAGAAAAAUGGCUGAAAGAGGAAAAACUGGAGUGUUCUGAAGAGUUGGGAGAUUUGGUAAAGCAGGUGGAUCCAACCUUAGCGUUGUCCGUGUAUCUUCGGGCCAAUGUCGCAAGCAAAGUCAUCGCUUGCUUUGCUGAAACUGGGCAGUUCCAGAAAAUCGUCCUUUAUGCCAAGAAGGUGGGAUACACCCCAGAUUACAUCUAUCUCCUACGCUCAGUAAUGCGUACAAGCCCGGAACAAGGUGCAGGGUUCGCCGGUAUGCUGGUAGCUGAAGACCCUCCUCUAGCUGACAUCAAUCAGAUUGUCGAUGUCUUCAUGGAACAGAAUAUGGUUCAGCAGUGCACUGCGUUCCUUCUAGAUGCACUCAAAAACAACAAGCCCGAGGAAGGCCCACUUCAGACACGGCUUCUCGAAAUGAACUUAAUGUCAGCACCUCAAGUAGCAGACGCGAUUCUCGGCAACGGAAUGUUCACGCACUACGAUCGCGCACACGUCGCCCAACUUUGCGAAAAGGCUGGACUGUUACAACGUGCGCUUGAGCAUUACACCGAUUUGUACGACAUUAAGCGAGCUGUGGUUCACACACAUCUGCUGUCUGCUGAUUGGCUGGUCAAUUACUUCGGCACUCUGUCAGUGGAGGACUCCCUUGAAUGCCUCAAGGCUAUGCUUCAAGCGAACAUUCGUCAAAACCUGCAAAUCUGCGUACAAAUUGCCACCAAGUACCACGAACAACUGACCACCAAAGCUCUCAUAGAACUGUUUGAGAGUUUCAAGACUUAUGAAGGCCUAUUCUACUUCUUGGGAUCCAUUGUCAACUUUAGCCAGGAUUCUGAAGUUCACUUCAAGUAUAUUCAGGCUGCCUGUAAAACCGGUCAAAUCAAAGAGGUCGAACGUAUCUGCCGGGAGUCGAACUGCUACAACGCUGAACGCGUCAAGAAUUUCCUCAAAGAAGCAAAAUUACCCGACCAACUGCCGCUCAUCAUUGUCUGCGACAGAUUCGACUUUGUCCACGACCUGGUGCUAUAUUUGUAUAGAAACAGCCUGCAGAAGUACAUUGAGAUCUACGUGCAAAAGGUGAACCCUUCCCGGUUGCCAGUCGUUGUGGGUGGUCUACUAGACGUGGACUGCGCGGAAGACAUUAUCAAGAACUUGAUCCUUGUGGUGCGAGGACAAUUCUCCACUGAUGAACUCGUCGCUGAAGUUGAGAAGAGAAACAGAUUAAAAUUACUAUUACCUUGGUUGGAGACACGAGUCCACGAGGGAUGCAACGAGCCAGCCACGCAUAAUGCGCUCGCCAAGAUCUACAUUGACUCUAACAAUAACCCUGAGAGAUUCCUCAAGGAGAAUCAAUGGUACGACUCUCGCGUAGUAGGACGCUACUGUGAGAAGCGCGACCCGCACUUGGCGUGCGUUGCAUACGAACGCGGGCAAUGCGAUCGCGAACUCAUCGCCGUAUGCAACGACAACUCACUGUUCAAGACUCAAGCGCGGUACUUGGUGCGCCGAAGAGAUCAGGACCUCUGGUUGGAAGUGCUCAGCGAGAGCAACCCCUUCAAGCGACAGCUAAUCGAUCAGGUUGUUCAGACAGCCCUAUCCGAAACUCAAGAUCCCGAGGACAUCUCGGUAACGGUGAAGGCCUUCAUGACAGCUGACCUUCCAAACGAACUUAUUGAGUUACUUGAGAAAAUUGUGCUCGACAACUCGGUGUUCUCAGACCACAGGAACUUGCAGAACUUGCUAAUUUUAACAGCAAUAAAGGCAGAUCGCACCCGUGUUAUGGAAUACAUCAAUCGCCUGGACAAUUACGACGCACCGGAUAUUGCGAAUAUUGCCAUUAACAAUGAACUAUACGAGGAGGCAUUCGCUAUCUUCAAGAAGUUUGAUGUCAACACAUCAGCUAUACAGGUCCUCAUCGAACAAGUCAAAGAUCUCAAACGUGCCUACGAGUUUGCUGAACGUUGCAAUGAGCCCGGAGUUUGGUCUCAACUAGCCAAGGCUCAGUUACAACAAGGUCUGGUGAAGGAAGCGAUCGACUCUUACAUAAAAGCCGACGACCCAUCGGCAUACAUGGACGUCGUCGCUACGGCCAGUACCCAACAAUCCUGGGACGAUCUCGUUCGCUACUUGCAGAUGGCGCGCAAGAAGGCUCGCGAAUCUUACAUUGAAUCAGAGCUCAUAUACGCAUACGCCCGUACCGGUCGCCUGGCGGAUCUGGAAGAGUUUAUCUCUGGGCCGAACCAUGCAGACAUCCAGAAGAUUGGAGACAGAUGCUUCGACGACAAAAUGUAUAAUGCUGCUAAGCUGCUAUACAAUAAUGUCAGCAAUUUUGCCCGACUGGCCAUCACUCUUGUUCAUUUGAAGGAGUUCCAAGGAGCCGUGGACAGUGCCCGCAAAGCAAAUUCGACUCGCACCUGGAAAGAGGUUUGCUUCGCGUGUGUGGACGCGGGCGAAUUCCGUCUCGCCCAGAUGUGUGGUCUCCAUAUUGUCGUUCACGCCGAUGAGCUAGAGGACCUAAUUAAUUAUUACCAGGACCGAGGUCACUUUGAUGAGCUGAUAAGUCUGUUGGAGGCUGCCUUAGGCCUGGAGCGUGCACAUAUGGGAAUGUUCACAGAGCUGGCCAUCCUGUACUCUAAGUACAAGACCGCUAAGAUGAGGGAACAUCUCGAGCUGUUCUGGUCACGAGUUAAUAUUCCUAAGGUGCUUCGCGCUGCCGAACAUGCGCAUCUAUGGUCGGAGCUAGUGUUCCUUUACGACAAAUACGAAGAGUACGACAACGCUGCUCUCACCAUGAUGCAGCAUCCGACUGAGGCCUGGAGAGAGGGACACUUCAAAGACAUUAUCACUAAGGUGGCAAACAUGGAGUUAUACUAUAAAGCAAUUCAGUUUUACCUCGACUACAAGCCUCUACUUCUCAAUGACCUCUUGUUGGUAUUGGCGCCACGUAUGGACCACACUCGCGCUGUCAGCUUCUUUACAAAGGCUGGCCAUCUCCAAUUAGUAAAAGCCUAUCUCAGAUCCGUACAAAACCUUAACAACAAGGCUGUCAAUGAAGCCCUUAAUUCGCUACUCAUCGAUGAGGAAGACUACCAGGGUCUACGAACAUCGAUUGACGCAUUCGAUAACUUCGACACGAUAGCGCUCGCGCAACAACUGGAAAAGCACGAGCUCACUGAAUUCAGACGAAUCGCCGCCUACUUGUACAAAGGCAACAACAGAUGGAAGCAAAGUGUGGAGUUAUGCAAAAAAGACGCAUUGUACGCCGACGCAAUGGAAUACGCAGCUGAAUCACGACAACCAGAAGUUGCUGAGGAACUGCUUGAUUGGUUCCUUGAGAGGAAGAACUAUGAGUGCUUUUCUGCAUCUCUUUACCAGUGCUACGAUCUCUUGAAACCCGAUGUUGUAAUUGAAUUGGCGUGGCGACACAACAUUAUGGACUUUGCUAUGCCAUUCCUUAUUCAGACGGUACGAGAAUUAACAACUAAAGUUGAGAAAUUGGAAGAAGCUGACGCAAAGCGCAGCACGGAGAGCGCGGAACACGAGGCAAAGCCUGCUAUGAUUAUGGAGCCACAGCUUAUGCUCACUGCUGGCCCAUCAAUGGCGUAUCCAGGCGUGGCUGCGCAAGCGUCUCCGUACGCGUACGCCGCGCAGGCUCCUUCACCCGCCCCCUACCACGGGUACGGCAUGUAGGGUACACCUGCCCCUGCCUGGGGGAGUUACGCUCAGUUCUGAGCCCUCCAACUGCAGGGCUGCCAGUUAAAAUACCAAUUUUAUCAGCUUCCAAUUUCGUUUGGCCUAAAGGACAAACGAACUUGAAAACUGAAUGCUUUAAGGCUGUCGAGAAUAUCUUGUUUAAAACAGGGAUGUUGGUAUUUACGAUCGAUUCCACACCACAAAGCUUAAUUGUCAACUUCUAAAUAAAUUAAUACGGAUGUUGUAACUUCUAACUCGACACUAUGUUUUAACGAAUUCUUUAAGGUCUGUUAAAUUCUUGUUUUGAAUAGCAACGUUGGAAUUAAAUAUGAGAAAUUAAUUUUAGAACUGGAAUCUGACGUCCCUGAUAUAAAUAAUACGGCAUUCACUUAACCUUAAGAUCAUGUAAGACGUAACAUUUAGCCAAUGUAGAUAGCUACAUAGUAGGGCUGUCGUAUACCUGUUGUUAUCUUUAGAUCAUGUUAUCCAUAUAUUUUUCAAAAUUAUAUUCAAUUGGUGGCCUAAUUCCCUGCAUUACAUAUAUUAAAGUUUAAAUAUUUGUGUUGAAUAUAGUGUAUUUGCUGUUAAACUCGAUCAAUGCGUCUUAAACUUUCAGUUGCUGUAAAGAGAUUCUUAUAUGUUUUUCAUUAAUAUAGUUUUUCCUCAGUAUCUUUGCUAGUAUCACCAUUAUAAUGCGUCAUCAUGUUUUAUCGUAGAUAUGAGUGAAGCAACUUUCUGUAGAGAAUAUCUAAGGUGCAUGAAUAGAUGAUAUUUGAAUAAUCACAUAGCUAACUUAAACAAGAAAAUAUUGAUUGACAUAGCUGUAAGGCCUCGGUAGCCAUAGUGCAAUAAUUGGAACGAGUUAAGCUUCCGUGUUAAUCUUUCAACAAUAUUACUGUACAAAAGAUUAAAAGUUUGUUUCAAAAGUUGAAUUUAUUGUUAUAUGUAUAUAAUGCUUACAAAUUAGACGAGGCGCAUAUUUAUGGAAAAUUUAAACAUGGGAUUAAAUGAAAGUUAAAUAAAUUAUUUAGGUAUUAGGAUUAAAGUAGGCGGAGUUUGGCGUUAUAAUUUGGAUAUUAUGUUUGCGUAUGUGUGCGAGUAUUGUUUUUUGCACGCGUUAUUUGCGUUGCGAGUUAAUCACACCUGUAAUGCCUUCAUUAGUUGACAUAAGAUCAUUAUUGUAUUACCGGUGGUUAAUGGGGACAACCCCGACAAGCUGCUAUUUAAUUUUAACUUUACGACUUAUUAAAUCCAUAUAAUAUUACCAAGAUGUAACAUUAUGGUGAGAUUUUAUGUCUUCUAAAUUUGUCAUUUAAAUCAUUCCUACAGUUUUAUUGAGCAGUUAAUAUUAAUUAUUUGUUUAGUGAAAAGCUAAUAUUACAAUUGAACUUAAUGAAAAUAAUGUAGUUAUAACAUUAUUAGUAAUGUAUUUAUUCGUGUAUAAUACUGUUUC